GUUUUAUAUGUAUUUAUAUUGGGAAAUUGACUUUUUUUUUUCACCUCUUGGUUUGGCAAAUUGUGUUUAGCUUGCAGUCGCGAUGGUGAGGCUCUUCUUAUGCUUGCCAUCUAUUUCCUGGCAUUCCUCCAUGUCACAAUCGAAAAUGAGACCUUUCAUAAUAUUGUUUGGCCGUUGAUAACUAUUGGUAGCUUUGCAGUCUUUUUCCUGGAUAUGUACAUCCUACCGUUGGCGUACCAGACAAUUAAUGCAUUGAUGACACCUGUCGAAGCAACUCCACCUUUGAUUACUAUUCUGCUGACAAGCGCCGUUGCCAUAACUAUGGUUCGUUACCUACAAACCCGUCCUGCGCAGCCCGAGGACGCUCCAGUCUUUGAACAGAUCCAUGAUCAGAAACGACGUGCUGCUCAGUUCCCUCCUCCAUUCCCCAAUGGUUGGUACAAGCUUGCACGAUCAGGAGAUGUCAAACCGGGACAGGUGAUCAGUGUCAAUGGGCUCGGACGUGCGUUCGCAGUGUUUAGGGGUCAAGUAGAUGAGGAAGUCCAUGUCCUGGAUGCGCUUUGUCCCCAUCUGGGGGCGAAUAUUGCCAUUGGAGGUGUGGUGGAGGGAGAUGCCGUCAAGUGUCCCUUCCAUGGUUGGAAAUUCGAUGGCAAAAGUGGGCAGUGUAUUGAUAUCCCCUACGCAAAAUCAGUCCCGAACUUGGCCAGGACCAAACGAUGGACUCAUAGAGAGUUUGCGGGGGUGAUUGCCGUCUGGUAUGAUGCUGAGGAACGAGAACCGAUGUAUGAGCCUGUGCCGUUCCCUUUGAAGGAAGGAACAUUCCGUAGGGUUGGCUACCGUCGUGGAACACUUCCGAUGCAUAUUCAAGACUUUGCAGAGAAUGCCUCUGACUGGAUGCAUUUCAGUUUGCUUCAUGACCGCCUAUCAAUUCCAAUCCUGGACCGCUUCUUUUAUAUCAAACACAGAACUGAAUGUAACUACAAUCCCGAGACCAACCCUUAUAAUUUUGUCUUCAAUGAUUACCCUACAAUUCAUUCUAUCUUCAGUGAUGCACCAAUCCAAGCGGCAGAGGCUCAAGCUCAGGUCGAGUUCACAGGACCUGGAGGGCUUGUUUAUUUCCGCUUCUUCACUCCUAGAGGGGAGGUGGCUGUUGUGAAAUCAUUCUUGCCUGUGGGAGAGAAGGGUUUACAGUUGACGAUGGAGGAUGAAGCCUAUGCAGAGAAAACAGUGCCAUGGUUUGUAGCCAAGCACGUGGUCCGUGAGGCCAAUAAGGCCUUUGAUGAUGACAUUUUUGUGUGGCGCCACAAGACCUAUAUGCACAAGCCCCUCUUUGUGAAAGAGGAUACGUCUAUGAAGCAGUUUCGGGAUUACUACAAGAAAUUUUACUCGCCUAACAGUCGAACUUACGCCCACGACCGACUAGAUUGGUGAGGAAAAAAAAAAAGAAGAAGGGUGC